AUGAAUGUUGUUCUCCUGUUGCUGGCUUUUAUGAUAGGUGUUACAAAGUCAACAGAAGGACAACAGCAACAACAAUCACAUUCACAGAAACCAUGUGAAAAACAGGAAAUUCAUGGGAAGGAAGCGUCAGGAGGUUAUUUGACAUCUCCCAAUUAUCCAUUCAGCUAUCCGUCUAAUCAGGACUGCCUUUUCAAUAUAACUGCCUCUGAAAACUUGGUAAUUCAUCUAACUUUCACCCACUUCCACCUGGAGGGCCGCACGCUACGCUCUAAUCAAUGCCUUAAUGAUUAUCUGAUCAUUACUGUAGUGGAUCGUCAAGGACGUGAACAUGUUGGUGAACGCUUCUGUGGUAAUCAACUCCCUGAACCUUUAUAUACCAUGCAAAAUUCGGUUUAUAUUCGUUUUCAUUCCUCACACACGGACGAGUACUCAGGUUUCCGACUACGUUAUCAGUUCCUGAUGGAAGAAUCAGUAUUUGAACCAGCUAGUAGCUAUUUCGAUGAUGAUCUGAGGUAUCUGCGACACUGCGGCGGUCAUAGCAGUAUGAAAGCAUUCAAUGGUGAAAUACGAAGUCCUGGUUAUCCGUCAUUUUAUCCAAAAAAUGUUACAUGUAAUUGGUUGUUACGUGUAAAUCCUGGUAAAAAAAUUUAUAUACGUGUACAGUAUCUUGAAUUAUCACCAACAAUGGCAGAAUGUGAUAAAGCAUCAGUGUAUAUAAUAGACGGUUAUCGUCAUGAUUCAACAACAGAUAUUGUAACAAAAGAUGAUACAGGUCAAGUGAACUUCUGUGGCAGUCAACUUUAUUAUACCGAGGAAGGUAUGAAGUCGUAUAUGUCCACCGGGAAUCGUCUCAUCGUUCGAUUUGUAACGAAAGAUCAUCCAAGUCCAUCAUUGCUAACAAAGUAUGAGAAACAGGGUAAACCGAUUGGUUUCCGUUUGAUAUGGACCGAAGUUCAGAAAAUUUUACCGGAAGGAAAUGUUUGCCCAGGUUUUGCUUGCAAAGGUGGCGAACUAUGUGUCGAUGACGGACAGAACGUUUGCGCAAGUCGGACUCAAUUGUGCAUUGAUAAAUCGCUUAUCUGCAACGGUGUGUAUAAUUGCGCCGAAAACGAUUAUACGGAUGAAGAGAAUUGCUAUUCUCAACAUAUUAUCAUAUCAACAUGCUCAAUAAUCUUUCUCCUGAUAUUAUUCAUCAUAUCGGUGAUUCUGUGGCAACGAAGAAUUAGGCGACAUGUCGAAGAGCGGAAACGUAAAAGUCUCGAAGCCGCAACAAUGGGAUCAGCUUCGUUGGCAGACAGUAAUGGAAAAAAUGCGGUCAUUUGGGAACCAACAAGAUGUUCCUCGACGAAUCUUGGCCCUUCACUGGACAUUCAUCAUCUUCAUCCUGGACAUUAUCAGAGUCACUGCCACCAUUAUCACGAUCAACAAAAGCAGCAGAAAGAACAGCAAAAUCAUAUAGAUCUCGCCGAAAUGAAUACUUUCCAUUCAGCUCUAUUAUAACUUGAAUUAUGAUUACACUGAAAUCCUUGAUGCAGAUUUUACCUUAUACUCCAUAGCUAUAUUUGGCUGCACAACAUGUCUUAUCAAAAUAUUUGAUUUAUCAAGGCUUCACAAAUGGAAU